AUGGAAUAAAAGUAUUUUUUUCUUUAUAUUUUAGGUAAUAAUAACUAUUUAAUAACGUUAUCGAAUUUAUUAGAUUGGAAAACAAAAUGAACUUUUAUAACAUGAUCAAACAAUUCGAAUUUAACUUUUAUUAAUAAUUACAAUAUUGGUCAAAAUAUUUGUGA